AUGGUCGUCACCAACACUCCAAAUGACACCGUCGAUCCUAACAUCGCCAUCUCCCCUAAUGCUCCUCACCAACUCCCACAACUAGUAGAUACAAUCACAGCGCAGACAAAGGCUUACAAUGACGGAGAUGCAGAGGCAAGACUGAAGCUGGUCGAAGCAGCGCAGUCGUUGAUUUAUGCCUUGGAGACACCGCGAGAGGCGAUGUUGAGAUAUUGCUGGGCACAGUCAACGGCCUUUUAUGCAAUCGAAGUCGGUAUCGAUCUAGGACUGUUCUCGCUACUCGCGCAUAGUGAGCAGCCCAAACCAGUGUCGGAACUGGCGAGUAGAUCGGGUGCUGAGCCUGCUCUAGUUGGCCGCAUAUUAAAACAUCUCGCUGCCGUUGGCGUCGUCACCGAAACCGGUAUGGAUGAAUACCAAGCCACCAGACUCUCAACCACACUAGCCAUAAAGCGAUUCAGCGAUGCGUGGCCAUUCAUAUCUGGCGGCUGCCACUCCGCCCUCCAAGCGCUCCCAGCCUACCUCAGACAGACCAACUACCGCGAUCCUACAGACGGCCAUAACGCACCCUUCCAGAUGGGCUAUCGCACGGAUAAACCCUUCUUCGAAUACAUACACAGCCCCUCAUCGGGCCCUGCCCUCGCGACGCAAUUCAACAAUUUCAUGUCUGUGUACCAUCAGGGACGACCGAGUUGGAUGGAUAAAGGCUUCUAUCCUGUUCAGGAGCGAUUGUUGGAUGGUGCCAGGACGGGCGAUGAGGAUGUGUUGCUGGUCGAUGUGGGAGGUAAUAAAGGGCAUGAUACUGACGAGUUCAGAUCCAAGUGGCCAGGCACAGGUGGGAGGUUGGUGUUGCAGGAUAUACCAGCUGUUUUGGACGAGGCUGAAGGGCUAAAUGGGGUCGAUGUCAUGGCGCAUGAUUUCUUCACGGAACAGCCUGUCAAGGGCGCAAGAGCAUACUACCUCCACUCUGUCCUCCACGACUGGCCCGAUUCGUCGUGUCAGAUAAUCCUCUCGAAACUAGUCGGCGCCAUGACGCCCGGGUACAGCAAGAUCCUCAUAAAUGAGAACAUCAUCCCCGACACAGGUGCCCAUUGGCAGGCUACGGGGCUGGAUAUGAUUAUGAUGGUGGAUGUAGCUGCGAGGGAACGGACAGAGAGGCAGUGGAGGGAGUUGGUGGAGAGUGUUGGGUUGAAGAUUGUGGAUAUUUGGACUGUGAGGAGUAGCGUGGAGAGUUUGAUUGAGUGCGAGUUGAUGUCAUAA